AUGUUUUGGCAGAGUGCAGAGAAGAAGCUGUUUGCCGCUAUUGCCAAAGGCAAGGAGGCCAAGACUCGAAAGUACAUAGCCAAGUGCGACCCGAACAUCGUGAACGAGGACGGUUGGACCCCGUUGCACGCAUCGAGCCACCAUGGCCACGUCGACAUCACAAACUACCUCGUCAACUUGAACAAUGCCGACGUCGACCUCAGAGACGACAAAGGUCGCACGCCGCUCUACUUGGCGAGUGAAGCUGGCCAUGCCCAAGUCGUCCAGCUUCUACUAGAGAGCACGGUCAAAGCAAAGCCGGACAUCGCGACCGACGGAGGCAUGGGGCCAUUGCACGUUGCGUGCUGGCACGGACAUUUGAAAGUCGUCAAGGUCUUGGUUGCCGCAAAGUGCAACAUCAACCUUCCUGCAUGUCUCGGCUCGACGCCGCUCGACAUGGCGGCGUCUCGGGGCCAACUCGACGUCGUACAAUUCCUCGUCCAGAAUAAAGUCAACGUCCUAGCGCUGAACAAUAACGGGUGGACGGCGCUGCACACCGCGAGCUGGUGGGGUCACGUCGACGUCGUGCGGUACCUCAUGCAAAUCUGCGACCCAUCCCAAAAGACACACGCCGGGAAUACCGCGCUGGAUUUGGCUGUCGAACACCGGCGACACGAUGUCGUGAGCGUAUUGCAAGCGAAGGAAGACUCUCAACUCUCCCUCUUUGAUGCGGCAAGGCUCGGACGUGUGUACUUAGUUCGAAAACUCCUGCACACGGCAAGCCAGCUAAACGAGAAUGGAUGGACAGCGUUGCACGUGGCAUGCGCAAACGGUCAUGUGGAUGUCGUCGCGGUGCUCCAUCGAAGCAUCGACAUCAACGCGCAAACCAAGGACGGCGCGACUCCGCUAUAUGUCGCCGCCGGCAAUGGCCACUUGAAUGUGGUGCAGGCGCUCGUCACCAAGCUGGCCGCUGCCGUCUCGCUCGGGCCAGCGAGUGGAUGGACUCCGCUGCACAUUGCAAGCUCCAAGGGAUAUGUCGACGUCGUGCGGUAUCUCGUGACGGUGAUUCCGCUGGAGACCACCACAAAUCACGGGUCGACGGCGCUGCAUCUGGCAGCAGCAUACGGCAAAGCGAACGUCGUGCAAUACUUGUUGUCGAAGCGAGCGCCCGUGGAUGCAGUCGAUAUGAACGGGUGCAGCGCUCUACACGACGCGUGUGCGAACGGUCACGUGGACGUCGUGCAACUCCUACUCGCCAACCACGCCGGGAUGAACCUGCGAAACCAUAACGGCCAGUCGCCACUGUAUCAAGCCGCCCAGCAAGGACGAGUUGGCGUCGUGCGGGCGCUUCUGGACCACAACGCUGCCAUUGGGAUCACCACCAACACCGGAUGGACGGCGUUGCACGACGCGUGCGCCAAUGGCCACUUGGACGUCGUUCAGGUGCUCGUGCCAUUCAUGGACAUCAACGUUCGCACACAUGAUGGUGGGGCCACUCCACUCUAUGUGGCCGCUGGCAACGGCCGCCUCUCGAUCGUAAAGUACCUCCUCGAGCAGCGGGCAAACCCCCUUGUCGCGUCCAAGAUCGGAUGGACGCCACUCCACUCGGCAUGCUACAAUGGUCAUGUCGAUGUUGCCCAAGAACUCGUGGCUUGCAUGGGCGAAGGCCAGCUGAAUUUGGCAACCAAGUCUGGUGCCACACCAGUGUACGUGGCAGCUGGGAACGGCCAACUCGCCGUCGUUCAAUACCUGCUCGGGAGCUUCAAGUCCGCUAUCAGCCUCACGUUUCCAAACGCCACGUCAACCCCCCUCCACCGCGCCGCGGCGAGCGGUCAUGCCGAUGUUGUGUCGUUCUUGGCCGAACACAUGGACAUCAACACCCGCACGUCGGACGGGCAAACGGCCAUGCACAAAGCGGCACAGUACGGCCACGCGCCGGUCGUCGCAGCUCUCAUGCGCUGUGGGAUCAACUACGAGCUCGUUUCGCACUCGGGGUGGAGUCCUCUGCACAGCGCGGCGUGGGGCGGCCACUUGGACGUGGCAAGGCUCCUCGUGAACCACAUCGACGUGGACAUUCAAACGGACGGUGGAGCGACGCCGUUGUACGUGGCCGCAGGGCGCAACCACGACGCGAUGGCAGUGUACCUCCUGGCCAAGAACGCAAACGUAACGUUGCCUACAAAUAUCGGGUGGAGCCCACUGCAUGUGGCGUGUUCUCUCGGGCACUUUCGCGUCGCGCUACAUAUAGCGGAAUAUGUCAACCCUCGGCUGUGCGGCAGCCUUCGGUGGAAUGCGUCCAAGCAAGCGUAUCUGCAUGGGACCGCCGACGUGCGCUGCGCGAUGGAGGCCAAGAUAUCUGCAACCCUCGCCAUGAAACGCAACGUUGUGCCAAAGUACCACAUGCCGACGAAGGAGCUAUUUGACGAUGACGACGAAGAAUGGGAGCGCGGCAGUGAACUGACGACGGAAGGCACAAUGUACUCGCUGGACGAAGAUGGAUUAUGA